ACAAUCGCCGUUGGCAUUCGGUAGUACGGCUUUCUUUCUUGGAUAUCAUAUAUGGCUACUGCAACGUUGUUGUCACGACACUCCUCUAAUCCUUUCGAAGUGCCAUCUUCAGAUCGAAAUCACCGCAAGUACCGCCAUGACUCUGCUAGGGUGCAAGGCAUAAUUGGUGACGAUGAGUCUCAUCCUUCUUCAGACCAUUCGCACGACAGUUACGCUCCCCCAAUAAUCGACGAAUUCCAUGCUCAUCUAGCAAAACGAUAUGCAGACAUACAAGACACUGCAAUGAAUGAUGACACGAAGGCAGUUGCUUCUGCCCAUGAACGUGACGAUGAACCAUCGAGCGACCAGGAGGAAUACGCAUCCCCGCAUGGGACAGUCAAUGAUGAACAGGAUGAAGACGAAGAGGAGAUGAGGGAGAAUCUGGGUGAAGAUGACGAAGACGCAGGAGAAAUACCCGCAUAUACAGAUGAAGAGAGGACUAUCUUCCUGAAACCGCGUUCGGAACGACACGAGAUAGAGCAAGAAAUUGCUGACCUCGAGGCUGCUGUGCCACAACUUAUACCGGACUACAAGAUCGUCGAUCGCUUAGGGACCGGCACGUUUUCUUCCGUAUACAAAGCUGUCGACCUCGGGUACCAUACGAAAUGGGAUAACACCCCGUGGCAUGGCUUUCAUUCACCGUCAUCUUCCGCAUACUACCAGUCUGCUCUGCGACCUAGCGACAGCAAGGCAUUCGUCGCGAUUAAGAGGAUCUACGUCACAAGUGGACCGGAACGCAUACGAAACGAAAUAUCUAUUCUCGAAGACUGCAGGGGGUGCCGCCACAUCUCACAGCUGAUCACGGCUUUCAGACACCAUGAUCAAGUAGUCGCUAUCAUGCCUUACAAUCGACACCAAGACUUUCGAGACUACUACCGCAUUCUGCCGAUGGAGGGGAUAAAGGCGUAUUUCCGCUGCAUGUUCCGAGCAUUACGCGAUAUUCACGCGCGGGGAAUCAUUCAUCGCGAUGUUAAACCCGCGAACUUCCUCUUCGAUCCCCGCACCGGCAUUGGCACGUUAUGCGAUUUUGGCCUAGCAUGUCGCAUGGAACGCGGUCCCACACUUGGUGCAUGUCUGCACACUGCACCAUCUCGAGAAUAUCCACAUGGGCGCAUCCGGCCAAGGGAAGAGUAUGAUCCUGAAUAUAUCAAGCGCAAGCAACGAGAAGGUCGUUUGAAGAGCAUUCUGCCGUCUGACAAGGUCGGUUAUCCUCUCAAGGACAAUCGACCAGUCUCGAAGGCGAAUCGUGCGGGAACAAGAGGUUUCCGUGCACCUGAGGUGCUGUUCAAGUGUGGCGAGCAAACAGGUGCUAUUGACGUCUGGUCUGCCGGAAUGAUACUGCUCUUCUUCCUCGCAAGGAAGUUCCCACUAUUCCAUUCCAACGAUGAUGUAGAGGCACUCAUGGAGAUCUCCACAAUCGUUGGAAAGAAGAAGAUGGAGAAAGCAGCCACCCUCCAUAGCCGAGUACUCCAGACAAAUGUCCCGAACCUGACCCAGGAUGGCAUUACCUGGUGCGACUUCGUAGAACGCCAAAAUCCCCUCCUUCACGAGCCCCCUGCCCCUGAUCCACGCUUCUUCCCAUACGCCGGCAAAUCAGGGGUCACAUCCGGUCACUUUCCUACCUCAUCACCGCGGAGCUCUCCAGAGCGUUUCUUGUCGCCCGAAUUGCCAAUUCCGACACCAGAUGCCGAAACGUAUACUGCGGAAGUUGAAAAAGCGCUCGACCUCCUUGAGCAGGUAAUGCAUCCAGAGUCGACGCGACGGAUCACACCUCGACGUGCUCUGGCGCAUUCGUUCUUGCGUGAUCCCGAUGCUCCGGAUGACGAUGAAUUCUUUCCAUACCCGUUCGGUGAAGGUGUGUGCGGAGAGCUUCACUUCAUUGACGAGGACACGGAUGAGUACUGCGUCAAGGUCCGUAUACCUGGCGAAGAGAAGAUGACGGUGCGACGCAUCGCUGCAGGGGAAGGUAUUGCGAUCGGGAAGCGAGCGUGCGAAUUCCACAGAAAGGAAAACGGGUACGAGUACUAACAUUACGAUGGACACAACUGGUAGAUAGUAGUAAUGCAAAGAUGUGACGAGACAUCAAGAAAUAUGAGAAUAAUUGAG